UCUCAGAACGGCUUCCCAUUUCUUUCAAUUAAAGUUCAGCUUGAGCGCGUUCUUUGGGAUUUGUCGGGCUAAAAUAUUGCAUUAAUUACUUUUUUGAAUUGACAGCAAGGCGUUCGAGAAGGCGGUAGUCCAAGGGAGACAGUCGAAAGUUUUCAUUGCCACAACUCGGGUUCGUCCUUGUCGAAUUGUAAGGAGAUAAAUCGCACUCUCUCUCUCUCGAUUCCCUGCUCACUGCUCACUUUAGACAAAGCUAGACAACUAGGAUUGAAUUAAAAACACAUUUAACGCUUAAUUUAAAGAGGCGUGUGACUAGGGGUGGCUUUCACUGGAGCAACCCAGCCGCAAGGGCACUCUGAAAGCACAAAGUACAGUAAACCCUCACCCCGUUCGUUUCGAUUCGAUUCGUUCGGUUUGUACACCUGUAGAAAAAUCAAUGUCAACGCUGUCAGUCAGUGGGGCAGGAGAUAAAGGACGACGACACCGACGAAGCUUAAUCGAGGGACAGGACGAAGAUGAUGUGGCUACAGAUGGAACUUUCAGCGACUUAAUUACAAGCGAAAGCCUCAACCAGCAGUCUGCUGAACAGUAUUCGGCAACUACCCCAGCCAAAGGCCUGACAGACGCCGCUAUUCAAGGCAGCGCCGGUAAAAGUUUGCCCCGAACCGAUGGAGUGUUUGGUCCCCAAGAGAGCGAGGCGAGCACGGACACCAGCGACUAUGUCUAUGAAGACGAAGUUGAGCCGGAGACCACCCCAACGCCUAGACGAAGAUCCAAAACGGGGCAACAAUUUGGCAAAUCAUUAAACAGCAAUUUACGCAGCGCUGCUAAGACACUGGUCAACAAGAAGAGGAAAUAUGACCACGGACCGAAGGAGGCGGAGCACAUUAAGCAGCAGGAGGAGGAUGAGGAGGAGCGUCUCGAAGCGAUUGGGAUGGCAACGGAACUAGCGACGGAGUCGGAGACCAGCACAUUGGUUGCUGUUAUUGAUGACGAUAAUCAAAGUGACAACAGCAGCUCAGGCCCAACGCCGGAGACGACUCCGAGGAGUGACACCGAUGACAUUGUUGAAAUCAACACCCCUCAGAGCUCUUUCACCGCCGCCUCCAACCAGCCUGCCAUUGAAAAUGAUUUUCAAAUCAAAGGCACGGAAGCUGGGGGUUCUCAGACGGAGAAACCUGCCACUGAUGAUAUCAAUAAUGAGCGUGAUUUAGCUGACAACUAUGAGGUAGACACUGAGGAGCCGACAUCACCAGCCACACCCCCAGAAGGUAAGGAAAGCCAGAAAAACACAGAGGAGUCAGUACACAGCCAUAUACCAGAGAUGGAUCGAAUGAUGAACGAUGCCUCGAACUUUGAAGAUAUCGAUAUAGUCAAGCUAGAUGGAUUGCCCAGUUCCCACGAAGAGGAAGUCUACAAGACGGCAAAAAAGCUCGAGGCCACUCCAAAGGCAAAAGCAGACGGCAGUGAAAACGAGGUUUUAAAGGAACAGCAAAAGGAUGACGAGGUACCCCCUCAUCUUAAGCCCCUCAAACCAUACCUGAGUGAGCGCGUUGAUCUGCCGGCGAAGCGCAUAUUCCUGAACCUGACAAUUGCCACUGACGAGGACAGCGACUCUGUCUACACCCUGCACGUGGAAGUGCCAACGGGUGGAGGGUCACACACCGUCAAGGAGGUGCUGACCCACGAAAAACCACGACCCACGAGUGACCAGGCUGACAGUUGCGUCCCGGAGCCACCGCCCCGCAUGCCUGACUGCCCAUGCAGCUGCCUCCCGCCACCGGCGCCCAUCUACCUGGAUGACAGCGUUGACAUUGACUCUGACCCAUCAGCCACCACUACGACCACUUCCACCACCUCGACGCCUCUGGAGAGGGCGACCAUUCCGAGUCCCGUACACAACGAAGAGGAAGGGGAGGAGAAAGGGGAUAGGGAUGUGGAGCCAAUGACUGCCUUAAGCCCCGCUACUAACCUUCCUAGCACAGAGAUCGAUAACCACAUUGCCGCCUUUACUGAACCCACUGUUGGUGCUGGUGGUGAACCGUUUGCAUGUCCUGAUGUGAUGCCAGUUCUGAUACUGGAAGGAGCCCGAACAUUCCCGGCACGAAGCUUCCCACCGGACGGCACUACCUUUGGGCAGAUCACUCUUGGCCAGAAGUUGACCAAGGAGAUCCAGCCGUACAGCUACUGGAACAUGCAGUUCUACCAAUCGGAGCCAGCUUACGUCAAGUUUGAUUACACGAUCCCACGGGGCGCAUCCAUUGGAGUUUACGGCCGACGCAAUGCCCUUCCCACCCACACGCAGUACCACUUUAAGGAAGUGCUCAGUGGAUUUAGCGCCAGCACACGAACGGCCCGGGCCGCUCACCUGUCAAUAACACGGGAGGUUACUCGCUACAUGGAGCCGGGGCACUGGUUCGUCUCGCUCUACAACGACGACGGGGACGUGCAAGAGCUGACCUUCUUCGCGGCCGUGGCCGAGGAUAUGACCCAAAACUGUCCCAACGGCUGCUCCGGCAACGGUCAGUGUCUGCUGGGGCACUGCCAGUGCAAUCCCGGCUUCGGUGGCGAUGACUGCAGCGAGAGCGUGUGCCCGGUCCUGUGCUCCCAGCAUGGAGAGUACACCAACGGGGAGUGCAUUUGCAACCCGGGCUGGAAGGGCAAGGAGUGCUCUCUGCGGCACGACGAGUGUGAAGUGGCCGACUGCAAUGGCCACGGCCACUGUGUCAGUGGAAAGUGCCAGUGCAUGCGCGGCUACAAGGGCAAAUUCUGCGAAGAAGUGGACUGUCCGCAUCCAAAUUGCUCAGGCCAUGGAUUCUGUGCUGACGGCACCUGCAUCUGCAAGAAGGGCUGGAAGGGACCUGACUGCGCCACAAUGGAUCAGGACGCACUGCAGUGCCUACCCGACUGUUCCGGCCACGGCACCUUCGAUCUUGAUACUCAGACCUGUACCUGCGAGGCCAAGUGGAGUGGCGACGACUGCUCUAAGGAGCUGUGCGAUCUGGACUGCGGUCAGCACGGUCGCUGCGAAGGUGACGCUUGUGCCUGCGACCCGGAGUGGGGCGGCGAGUACUGCAACACCCGACUAUGCGAUGCCCGCUGCAACGAGCACGGCCAGUGCAAGAACGGCACCUGUCUGUGCGUCACUGGCUGGAACGGAAAGCACUGCACCAUCGAGGGUUGUCCCAACAGUUGCGCUGGACACGGACAGUGCCGGGUGAGUGGCGAAGGUCAGUGGGAGUGCCGCUGUUACGAAGGCUGGGACGGACCUGACUGUGGCAUUGCGCUGGAGCUGAACUGUGGUGACAGCAAGGACAACGACAAAGAUGGCCUGGUUGAUUGCGAGGACCCCGAGUGCUGCGCUAGCCACGUGUGCAAAACCUCCCAGCUCUGCGUUUCAGCUCCGAAGCCCAUUGACGUGCUGCUCCGGAAGCAGCCGCCGGCCAUCACCGCCUCGUUCUUUGAACGAAUGAAGUUCCUUAUUGACGAGAGCAGCCUGCAGAACUACGCCAAACUGGAGACCUUUAACGAAAGCAUUUUUUGGAAUUAUUUCAAUGCAAGUCGAUCAGCGGUGAUCAGAGGCCGCGUGGUCACGUCCUUGGGCAUGGGCCUGGUGGGUGUCCGAGUGUCCACCACCACGCUCCUGGAGGGCUUCACCCUCACCCGAGACGAUGGAUGGUUCGACCUAAUGGUUAAUGGCGGAGGAGCCGUGACUCUUCAAUUCGGACGCGCGCCUUUCCGGCCACAGUCACGCAUUGUCCAAGUGCCAUGGAACGAGGUGGUUAUAAUUGACGUGGUAGUCAUGAGUAUGUCGGAGGAAAAGGGACUGGCCGUGGCCACGACGCACACCUGCUUUGCACACGACUACGACCUGAUGAAACCAGUUGUACUGGCCUCGUGGAAGCACGGAUUCCAGGGCGCUUGCCCCGAUCGCAGCGCCAUACUGGCAGAGUCUCAGGUGAUCCAGGAGUCGCUACAAAUCCCCGGCACUGGCCUCAAUCUCGUUUACCACUCUUCCCGUGCCGCUGGUUACUUGUCCACCAUUAAACUGCAACUGACCCCUGACGUGAUUCCGCCCUCACUGCAUCUGAUCCAUCUGCGCAUCACCAUCGAGGGUAUCCUGUUUGAACGCGUCUUUGAGGCUGAUCCAGGCAUCAAAUUCACGUACGCCUGGAACAGACUUAACAUCUACAGGCAACGCGUCUAUGGAGUGACCACGGCUGUCGUGAAGGUCGGUUACCAAUACACCGACUGCACCGAUAUCGUGUGGGACAUCCAGACAACCAAACUGAGCGGUCACGACAUGUCAAUCUCAGAGGUUGGCGGUUGGAACUUAGACAUCCACCACCGCUACAACUUCCACGAAGGCAUCCUGCAAAAGGGCGAUGGCUCGAACAUCUAUCUGCGCAACAAGCCCCGAAUCAUCCUGACCACGAUGGGCGAUGGCCACCAGAGACCUCUUGAAUGCCCCGAUUGUGACGGAUUAGCUACGAAGCAGCGCCUCCUGGCACCCGUCGCACUGGCCGCUGCUCCUGAUGGCAGUCUCUUCGUCGGCGACUUCAACUACAUCCGCCGCAUCAUGACCGACGGCAGCAUACGCACCGUGGUCAAGCUGAACGCCACUCGAGUCUCGUACCGCUACCACAUGGCCCUUAGUCCGCUCGACGGUACAUUGUACGUCUCGGAUCCAGAGUCGCACCAGAUCAUUCGGGUACGCGACACGAGCGACUACUCGCAACCUGAACUUAACUGGGAGGCUGUGGUGGGCUCUGGCGAGCGCUGCCUUCCCGGUGACGAAGCACACUGUGGUGAUGGAGCUCUGGCCAAAGACGCCAAACUAGCGUAUCCCAAGGGCAUAGCCAUUUCGAGUGACAAUAUCCUUUACUUUGCUGACGGAACCAAUAUCCGAAUGGUUGACCGGGAUGGAAUCGUAAGCACCUUGAUUGGCAACCACAUGCACAAAUCGCACUGGAAGCCAAUCCCUUGCGAGGGAACCCUGAAACUGGAAGAGAUGCAUCUCCGCUGGCCCACUGAGUUGGCAGUCUCUCCAAUGGACAACACUUUGCACAUCAUUGAUGACCACAUGAUCCUACGCAUGACUCCGGACGGUCGGGUGCGCGUUAUUUCCGGCCGGCCUCUGCAUUGCGCCACAGCCUCAACUGCCUACGACACGGACCUGGCUACCCACGCCACUCUGGUGAUGCCGCAGUCUAUCGCUUUUGGGCCACUGGGUGAGCUUUACGUGGCGGAGAGCGACUCUCAGCGAAUCAACCGAGUACGAGUAAUCGGCACGGACGGAAGGAUUGCUCCGUUUGCGGGUGCUGAGUCCAAGUGCAACUGCCUGGAACGCGGAUGUGACUGCUUUGAGGCGGAGCACUACCUGGCCACCAGCGCCAAGUUCAACACGAUCGCAGCCCUGGCCGUCACACCCGACAGUCAUGUGCACAUCGCCGACCAGGCCAACUACCGUAUCCGCUCGGUGAUGUCGAGCAUUCCGGAGGCCAGUCCCUCACGGGAGUACGAGAUAUACGCGCCGGACAUGCAGGAGAUUUAUAUCUUUAACCGUUUUGGUCAGCACGUAUCCACCAGAAACAUAUUGACGGGAGAGACGACUUACGUGUUCACCUACAACGUAAACACCUCAAACGGAAAGCUGAGCACCGUAACCGACGCAGCAGGCAAUAAAGUAUUCCUGCUUAGAGACUACACCUCGCAGGUCAACUCCAUCGAGAACACUAAGGGCCAGAAGUGCCGUCUCCGCAUGACACGGAUGAAAAUGCUGCAUGAGUUGAGCACCCCGGACAACUACAACGUUACAUACGAGUAUCACGGCCCCACCGGUCUGCUGAGGACCAAGCUGGACUCCACUGGACGCUCCUACGUGUAUAACUACGACGAGUUCGGUCGCCUCACCUCCGCAGUGACGCCCACCGGACGUGUCAUCGAACUGAGCUUCGACCUGAGCGUCAAGGGCGCCCAGGUAAAGGUUUCAGAGAACGCCCAAAAAGAAAUGUCGUUACUGAUCCAAGGUGCCACUGUAAUCGUCCGCAAUGGAGCCGCCGAGUCCCGCACCACCGUCGACAUGGAUGGUUCCACCACAAGCAUCACACCGUGGGGCCACAACCUGCAGAUGGAGGUUGCUCCCUACACCAUUUUGGCCGAGCAGAGCCCACUACUGGGUGAAAGCUAUCCAGUGCCGGCGAAGCAACGCACCGAAAUCGCUGGGGAUCUGGCCAACAGGUUCGAGUGGCGCUACUUUGUGCGCCGCCAGCAACCACUACAGGCGGGAAAACAGAUCAAGGGACCGCCAAGACCAGUGACCGAGGUGGGUCGCAAACUCCGGGUGAACGGAGACAACGUUCUGACUCUAGAGUACGACCGCGAGACCCAGUCCGUAGUCGUGAUGGUGGACGACAAACAGGAGCUACUCAACGUGACCUACGACCGCACCUCGCGGCCCAUCAGCUUCCGACCGCAGUCAGGCGAUUACGCCGACGUGGACUUGGAAUACGAUCGAUUCGGACGCCUGGUCAGCUGGAAGUGGGGUGUCCUACAAGAGGCCUACUCCUUUGACCGCAACGGACGUCUGAACGAGAUCAAGUACGGUGAUGGCUCGACGAUGGUGUAUGCAUUCAAGGACAUGUUUGGCUCACUGCCACUGAAGGUUACCACACCCAGACGCUCAGACUACCUCCUGCAGUACGACGAUGCGGGGGCACUGCAGAGCCUAACUACACCUCGUGGCCAUAUCCACGCAUUCUCGCUGCAAACUUCGCUUGGCUUCUUCAAGUAUCAAUACUAUUCACCGAUCAACCGACACCCCUUCGAGAUUUUGUACAACGACGAAGGUCAGAUCCUGGCCAAGAUCCACCCACACCAAUCUGGCAAGGUGGCUUUCGUACACGAUACCGCAGGACGAUUGGAGACCAUCCUCGCCGGAUUGUCCAGCACCCAUUACACCUACCAGGAUACGACCAGCCUGGUUAAGUCCGUGGAAGUGCAGGAGCCUGGUUUCGAGCUGCGACGUGAGUUUAAGUACCAUGCCGGCAUCCUGAAAGACGAGAAGCUACGCUUCGGCUCUAAGAACUCGCUGGCCUCGGCGCACUACAAGUAUGCUUACGACGGAAACGCCCGACUCAGCGGCAUCGAAAUGGCUAUCGACGACAAGGAGCUGCCUACCACGCGGUACAAGUACAGCCAGAACCUGGGUCAGCUGGAAGUCGUGCAGGACCUUAAGAUCACGCGAAACGCCUUCAACCGAACGGUGAUCCAGGACUCGGCCAAGCAGUUCUUCACCAUUGUGGACUACGACCAGCACGGCCGGGUCAAGAGCGUGCUGAUGAACGUGAAGAACAUCGACGUGUUCCGCUUGGAGCUGGACUACGACCUGCGCAACCGCAUCAAGUCCCAAAAGACAACAUUCGGAAGAUCCACGGCCUUUGACAAGAUCAACUACAACGCCGACGGUCAUGUGGUCGAGGUUCUGGGCACCAACAACUGGAAGUACCUGUUCGACGAGAACGGAAACACGGUGGGCGUGGUGGACCAGGGCGAGAAGUUCAACCUAGGCUACGACAUCGGAGACCGUGUGAUCAAGGUGGGCGACGUGGAGUUCAACAACUACGAUGCCCGCGGCUUUGUGGUGAAGCGCGGGGAGCAGAAGUAUCGGUACAACAAUCGCGGACAACUGAUCCACUCAUUCGAGAGGGAGCGCUUCCAGAGCUGGUACUACUACGAUGACCGCAGCCGCCUGGUGGCGUGGCACGACAACAAAGGCAACACCACUCAGUACUACUACGCCAACCCUCGCACUCCGUACCUCGUCACACACGUGCACUUCCCCAAGCUUAGUCGCACCAUGAAGCUGUUCUACGACGACCGCGAUAUGCUCAUCGCCUUGGAACACGAGGAUCAACGCUACUAUGUGGCUACCGACCAGAACGGCUCCCCGCUGGCCUUCUUUGACCAGAAUGGCGGCAUCGUAAAGGAGAUGAAGCGAACUCCCUUCGGCAGGAUUAUUAAGGACACCAAGCCGGAUUUCUUUGUUCCAAUUGACUUCCACGGCGGACUCAUUGAUCCGCACACCAAGUUAGUGUACACUGAGCAGCGUCAGUACGACCCGCACGUUGGACAAUGGAUGACCCCGCUUUGGGAGACUCUGGCCACCGAGAUGUCGAACCCCACAGAUGUUUUCAUCUACCGUUACCACAAUAACGAUCCCAUCAACCCGAACAAACCCCAGAACUACAUGAUUGACCUGGACUCCUGGCUCCAGCUCUUCGGCUAUGACCUGAACAACAUGCAGAGCAGCCGCUACACCAAGCUGGCCCAGUACACGCCUCAGGCAUCUAUCAAGUCGAACAUGCUAGCACCCGACUUUGGGGUUAUCUCCGGUCUGGAGUGCAUCGUGGAGAAGACCAGCGAGAAGUUCAGCGACUUUGACUUUGUACCCAAGCCGCUGCUCAAGAUGGAGCCAAAGAUGCGAAACCUGCUACCCCGCGUCAGCUACCGUCGCGGUGUUUUCGGCGAGGGUGUGCUGCUCUCGAGGAUUGGUGGACGCGCGCUGGUGAGCGUGGUCGACGGAUCAAACAGCGUGGUGCAGGACGUGGUGAGCAGCGUGUUCAACAACUCGUACUUCCUUGACUUGCACUUCAGCAUCCACGAUCAAGACGUAUUCUACUUCGUAAAGGACAAUGUACUGAAGCUGCGCGACGACAACGAGGAAUUGCGCCGUCUUGGCGGCAUGUUCAACAUAUCAACGCACGAAAUAAGCGACCACGGAGGUAGCGCUGCCAAGGAGCUGCGAUUGCACGGUCCCGACGCCGUUGUCAUCAUCAAGUACGGCGUCGAUCCCGAGCAGGAGCGCCAUCGUAUCCUGAAGCAUGCCCACAAACGAGCAGUGGAGCGAGCAUGGGAGCUGGAGAAGCAACUGGUAGCCGCCGGCUUCCAAGGUCGUGGUGACUGGACCGAAGAGGAGAAGGAGGAGCUCGUUCAGCACGGCGACGUCGACGGCUGGAACGGUAUCGAUAUCCACAGCAUACACAAGUAUCCACAAUUGGCCGACGACCCCGGCAACGUGGCGUUCCAGCGGGACGCGAAGCGGAAGCGCCGCAAGACCGGCAGUAGCCAUCGGAGUGCCUCCAACCGGCGCCAGCUCAAGUUUGGCGAGCUGAGUGCGUGAGUGGAGGCGUAUAGAGAGAAGCUGGAGGAGGAAAUAGAGACGGAGCCGGAGGAGAGUGACAUGGCCGACGAGGAGUACGGCGAACAGGAGGACUACCUAAUUGCCGUGGGCAAGAAGGAGCCAAGGGACAGCAGCGAGGCACUCGAUGAACAGAUUUUGUAAUUAGGUGAAAUGCGCAACAGCGACCACAAGAAGGACAACAGCACAACACACUCGAUGACACAACACGACACAAAAGCAAAGAAAAGAAAGGAAAACAAAGAAAAAAGCGAGCAUUUAACACACUAAUUAAUAUGAACUUUAAUCAUGCUUAAAGUUUAGUAUUAGCCACAACGCAACCCUCGAAUAACCGAAGAAACUUCUUAUAUGUACACAAGAACAGUAAUAUGUAUGUUGAUGUUGAGUUUAGGCUAACAAUAGGCGUAUGUUUAGUCCAUGUGUGUAAUGUUUAAUGUAAUUUUUUAAAUCAGAAUCAAUGUCCUCAUGGGCAGCCAGCUUGCACUGGCACAGUACGCUAGGGCGCGUAUUAUAUAGAUUGGUACAUUAGCCGAGUCAGGUCGAGAUAGAUUUCUAUUGAUCAGGUCCAGCCAACAAAGCAGAGUUUGGAGCUUGGGGCUUGGUCAAUCGCUGCCCAAUUAGCCAGUUGCAUUACGAUGUCAAACGAUGAGUAUUACACAGCAAAAUAUGCAUACGAUAAGUACAGAUGUUAAACUACGAAAUGAAUAAAUGUAAAAAGAUUAGAGUUCUCUGUAGUAGCCCCUAGUCCUUGGCCCCCAAUCUGGCCCACUCCCACAGAGCUCGUUCUCGAAUGCCAACAGAAAUGUUGAUCACUGCUUAACCUUCUUAAUUGCUUUGUGUAUAUAAGAACGAAUACUUUUCCACCCCUUUUCUAACUAACAAGCGCGUGAUUAUCCUUUAAUCUAACACUCUUUUUAGCGAAAAAGUUGUCUGAACCGAAUCGAAUGCUCGAAUUUAAAUUAUCUGACGCGUCUAGCUAUUUUGGAUAACCAAGAAUCAAAAGGAAUUUUAUCAGCCCCCUUCAAUGCAAUACAAUACUCUACCGACUCUUUUCACUCAUUUUAUAAUGUUAACUGUUGAAUUUAUUCAAAGGAAAAUGCAUUAAAACCUUUUUACAAAUUGUGAUAUAUAUUUCUAAACAUUUCAUUUGACAACUUGAAGUGUAAAGAACAAAAAUCGAAUUAACUCAAAUUGAACCGAAUAUGAAAGCAACCACAUGUACUUUACUCAUUUUUUUUAAUAUAGUCCCUUAGAUUAGUUUUAAUGCUGCAAUAUUUAGUUCUUACCGUCUGCCAUGUUAAUUUGUAAAAGCAAUACUUUUUUUUAGUAAUGUCACAUAGAGCUUAGUGUCUCGAAUUCUGUUUUUUAACAAUAAUUGCAGAGUUCAAUGCUGAUUUUGAAAACAUUUCUGUACUCCCUCUUAUGUGGCUGACGUUUGGUCGGUAUCUUGUGUUUAUAAUUAUUAUUGAACUAUUUAUAACUGAAACUAAACUAUUGACUAUUGAGAUAUUAACUAGCAUAAAACUUAGUGCGCAUAAGGACUUGCGCAGAACUUAAACAUACCCCCUAUAACCAUAAAAACACACCUUGUAUUAUAAACACCCACACAUAACACUAAACUUAGGCGUAAGGAUUAGGCUAAAGACAAAGCUCGUAAGAACAGAAAGGAUUAGCAUCUAACUAAAGUGAAAGUAAGAAUUGAUUCUGUUUUAUGUGAGGAAGGAACGGAAGAUUACAGAAGAUAACUGCGUAGUAAUUAGCUAAAGUGUUAGUAAUUUUAUUAAAUAAAAUUAUAAAUGAGUAAUGGAUAAACACUUUAACUUAAAUUAAGGAAUAUGCAUCAUUAUCUGAAUUCGUUUAAUUCUAUUGUAAAACUGAGACUGUGUAGUGAUUUGAAAAUGUAAAGUUUUCGCGCCAUUACACAGAUUUAGUUCUUACAAACUGACGAAUAUUGUAAAAAUCAGAAAUCCGUAUAUGAAUGUGUAUGUAAUAAAAUUAAGCAGCAUUAUAUUAACCAAAAA